GCUCCGGCCCCGGCUCCUCCGUUCGGAGCGGGGAACCGCCUCCUGGGACAGGUUGAAAGUUUGGGGCGGCUCCGAGCUCGGAAGAGGCAGAGCCCGGCUGGUUACUGUAACAGCUUCGCGGGCGCUGAGCCCCCAGCCCGCCGGGCACCGCCCCGCACCGCCUCCACGGGAAGAUGGCGAGCCGCAGUCUGAGCCUGCUGCUCCUCCUCUACGUGGGGGUCUUGAGCUAUCCUGAUGUGUCUGGAAUCUCCAUUGAAACUGAUAACAAAAAUGUAAAAGCAGAGGAGUUUAAAGAGGCUAUUCUUAGUUGCAAACAUAAAUUUCCAAAAGGGAUUAGUUUAAGAAUAGAGUGGAAGAAAAUCCAAUCUCAUGGAGUCUCAUUUGUCUACUACAACAGUGAAUUUACAGGUGAUCUUCGAGGCCGAGCAGAGAUGCUGAAUACAGGAAUCCGAAUUAGGAAUGUGACUAGAAGGGAUUCUGGGACCUACCGCUGUGAAAUAAGUGCCAAGAGUGAAGAAGGGCAACGCCUGGGAGAGGCUACUAUUACUCUCACAGUAUUGGUUGCUCCGACUACUCCAAUGUGUGAGGUACCCAGCUCCGCAAUGACAGGAACAGUCGUGCAGAUGAGUUGUAAGGAAACUGAGGGCUCCCCUCCGUCUGAGUACCAGUGGUACAAGAAUGGUCUUGCCUUGCUGGAGAAGACAGGAACAGGCAGUGCUAGAGCAGCAAACAUAACUUACACCAUGAAUAAAAAAUCUGGCACUCUGCUGUUUAAUACAGUUACAAAGAAUGACACUGGAGAGUAUUUCUGUGAAGCCUCCAAUGGGAUUGGAUUGGCUCAGAAAUGCUCAGUGAAGCGAAUGCAAGUUGAUGAUCUUAAUAUAAGCGGUAUCAUUGUGGCUGUACUAUUUGUGGUUCUGGUGAUAGUACCAUGUGGCCUUGGAGUAUUCUAUGCCCAAAAAAAGGGCUACUUUGCAAAAAGAAGAUGAACUAUCAAUCUACAAGUGGAAAGGCAAGUCUUUUGUGUUCACUAGUGUGUUUUAAAACAUCUUCAAAGCUCCUUAGAUCUAUAGUAUCUUUGCACAUGUACAUGAACUCCUCUGUCCUGCUGUGCCACAUCUGGCACCAGUACCUGGAGAUAAAGUAUCUCUGUCUGCACUUACAGCUUCCUAUUGCAUAGUCUCAAGUGUCACACAACUGCAACACCUUGCUCCAUACUUUGCAUCUUUUUGUACAUAUUGAUUAACUGAGACACAGUCCAAGACAGCAGUGAGAGAAAGAUUGGGCCCUAACUCUUCUAAGAAUAAUGUGGGUCAAAAGACUUGACUAAAUAUGGAAGCUGAAUUUACUACUUCCACCCACUUCCUUGAGUGAGCUCAAGGGCUUUAACUACAAGUACAUCAUUCCAGCUUUUCAGAUUGCUGUAAAACUUCAACUAGGAGUGACUUGAUAUCACUAUCUACAGUUUAAGGACAUUAGAAAUUUAAGUAGCAUGAGCAGUACUGAUGUAACCUUAAAAGAUCCCUGGACACCAUCCAUUCCCUUAAUCAAAACAAAACAUAAUAAAUUACAUAAGCUUAUUCUUUAACCAAGUAUGUAUAUAAGAAACUUCCUGAAACAGCUACCUGUUUGCUCUGAGUGAGAAGGAUAAAGCUUUUAAGAGCUAUGGUAUCUGUUCAUCAUUGUUAAUGCACUUACAAAUCAGAUGCUAAACAGAGCUGUUUGAUACCUGUAUUUAUGAAUAGGUUGCAACUUCUGUGUAGAGUGCAUUUUGUAGACCUCCCAUCCCAGAAAAGAAAAACAUUUACUAACAGACAUAUUUCUGUGCAUCAGACAUAUUUCUUCUCAAGCUCAAUGCCUUAGUUUCUUCUGAAUUGUACACUAAAUAUUAACCUGCUUAAAAUCUUUGAACUAUUAUUUAUGUAACCUUGUUUGCUUCAUUUAGGAUUUCAAGCAUACCAAGUCCUUUGUUAUUUAGAAGAUUUCAGCCUCUGUGAGGGACAACAAAUGACUACUUGUUAUACAAAAGUAUCAGUGUCCUGGUUUCAGCUGGGAAAAUUUCCCUUGUAGUAGCUGUGUUUUGGAUUUAAUAUGAGAAAAAAGUGGAAAACACACUGAUGUUUUAAUUGCUGCUGAGUAGUGCUUACUCCAAGUCAAGGAGUCCUCAGAUUCCCAUGGUCUUCCAGUGAGGAUGUGCAAAAGAAGCAGGGACAGAGCACUGCUGGGACAGCUGAUCUGAGCUGUCCAAAGGGACAUGCAUAGAAUCACAGAAUCAUAGAAUAAGCUGAGUUGAAAGGGACCUAUCAGGAUUAUGAAGUCCAACUCCUGGCCCUGCACAGGACACCCCAAGAAUUACACCAUAUGCCUGAGAAUGUUGUCCAAACACUUCUGGAACUCAAACAGGCUUGGUGCUUGGUGACCACCUCCAUACCAGAACAUCAUGUAUUUAAAUUGGGGAAGUAGGUCAGGAGGAGCCAACUGCUGCUGGAGGACCAGCUGGGCAUCGGUCAGUGGGUGGUGAGAAACUGUUGGUGCAUCACUUGUCUUUCUUGGGCUUUACUCCUCUCUCUCCUUUUAACUACAGUUCAUAUUAUUGUUGUUGUUAUUAUUAUCACUAGUAUUAUUAGUAUCUUAUUUGACUUUGUUUCAAUUAUUAAACUGUUGUUCUCUCAA